AUGGUACAGAGCAUCAAGACGAUGAAGGGUCGAAGAAGACCCGGGGCAGCCAUAAUCCAGUUUAGACAGCACGAGAGAGGAGUGCAGGUAGAAGAGAGUGCACCUAUCAGCUCCCCAGGAACUCCGCGGCCCACGGGUCGCAGGUCCAGGAAGCCGGGGGUUGAUCGCAAGCCUCGGCAGGCGUACAGCGCCAAGCAACUGGAGCGGCUUGAAGCCGAGUUUAAGAUAGAUAAAUACCUCAGCGUCUCCAAGAGACUGGAGCUAUCUCAAGCACUUUCACUGACUGAAACUCAAAUCAAGACUUGGUUCCAAAACAGACGCACAAAGUGGAAGAAACAAAUGGCAGCGCGGAUGCGGCUGGCUCAACGUCAAGGACUCCUUCCGCCACACCUCUACCCAGCUCUCCCGCCAAUCCCUCCAAUCCUAGGACCCUAUUAUCCUCUUACACCACCCACUCACGGCCAUAUAGUGCCACCUCCCCCCCUUCUAACUCCCAUGUCUCCACCGGAUCCACCAUAUUCCAGUGCACACGAUCCUGCCACGUCCUAAAUAUCAAAUCUACUGCUCUAAG